AACACUCUGACAAUCACACAUUUGAAAACAAUUUCCUAUAAAAUGAGAGAGAAAUAGCCACAAGUUUAUAAGUAACUGACGCAUUCAGUGGCACUUGAAACAACUACAAAGAUGAAAUACGUUCUUCUGUUGCUCGUGCUGGUGGCCAUUACCGUCGACUAUCAGGCAGAAGCGUGGCGGGGGAGGAGGUUCUGGCGGAGAGCAAAGCGAAUUUAUCGAUACUAUCGUACAUACAAGUUAAUAGCGGGGGUCGUGGGCCGCAAGCGAGAUCUCUUCGAGUUUGACAAAAACGAGGACGGAUUUUUGGACCAAUCAGAGCUGGAAGACGUCCUGAACACGCGGGAAGCACGUGAUGUUUUGGAAAUGGCCGACGAAGACGGGAACUCCAAGGUAUCGAUGGAGGAGUUUCAAAAGAUGUUAACAGAGAUGAGUAAACUGGAAUAAACGGACAGCAAGACGAGUUAUUGGGGGAGGGGACUGGAGACCCCGCACCUUACUUCUCCCUGCCUGUACGUCGCGCCCACAGAGCUGUUUACAUGAGACUCACACAUGCACAUCAAGUCGAUUCGCGACCAUUUCCCAGAAGCUUCACACUUUGACGUCGACGAUCCACCAGGAUAUCAACGAAGCGUUUGUUACACCUGUACGUAGCUACUGAAUUGAUCGUCGUUCCAGUCCUAGUCUUACAAGCAUAUGGAGCAUCGAGGGGUUCGCCACAAUCAGUUACUGAACUAUUUGACAUAGUAACACGCAUUUGUGAACAUUUCUACUCGAAUAUAUAUUCUUCAAAAAAGUAGAGCAAUUUAAAAUGAACUGUUGGUUGUCAUCCCCCCCCCCCCCCCUUCCCCAAUUCCUUCAUGAUUAUCAUGCAUCUAUUCCUGGUGCAUAUAAAAGAUCCCUUGCUGCUAAUCGAAAAAGAGUAGCCCAUGAAGGGGCGACAGCGGGUUUCCUCUCUCAAUAUUUAUGUGGUCCUUAAGCAUAUGUUCGAUGCCAUAUAACCAUAAAAUAAAAUAUAUUGAGUGCGUCAUUAAAUAAAACAUGUCCUUCCUUUUCUCGCGUGCCUACCAGUGCCCCACGUCUUGUGUACCAAACGCCGUGGUAUGUGCUGUCCUAUCUGUGGGGAAGUGCACAUAAAAUAUAAUUUAUCGUUAAUGGAACGGCAGGGAGGAUGUAUUGUCCUGGGUCCCGUUCUAUAAAAAGACAUUAGCGAAGGUUAAUAGUAACCAAUAGGUCAGGUCAGGUCAUAGGGCUAUACGUGCAUAAUCAGUGCAAGCUGUUGUAGCGCACGCCUGUCCUGGGCACAAGAGCCGGUCGGUCAAAAGAAAAAGAUCAGGAACUAACAUAGGUUUUGAAUUUAGUGAGUCGAGAGUAGCUCGUUAAUUAGACCUAUCUGAUGCUGGUGUGUAUCCCUAGGUUGCCCAUAGGACCCUUAGAAAGGGCCUGACCGUUUCUGGUCGUGGCAUGACAUUUUUUUUUAAUAUAUAUUGCGAGCACUACCAGACAAUUCGCUGGUUGCCCCAUUUAGUUACCAAUAUCCUACCUAUUUACAAUUAACCAGGUUCUCCUUGAAUGUUAAAAAUAUAUGUACAUUAAAAGUGUAUGCGAUUGUAUAUAAUAAAAUAUAUUUACUGCA